GCUUAAUAGUCUUUCUCAAAUGUUUCUCUUCACUGAAAGCGUGGCGAUAGCUUGGUGCCAAUCCUUUUUUUUUCUCGAUCAUCAAUUGUUGGCUGGCUUGGCAAGCAUUUCGAUCAUGCCACUAAAGGAUAAUUUGGUGGGCCCAAGUGGGGUCCCCCCCCCCAAAUUUAAGCAAGGAUUCACCGCAGUUUUGUUUAUCCAUGCACUGGCACCUACUUUCUCUUUUUAUCCAUGGGGCUCGAUCUCUUAAAAUUCGACGAGGUUACCUUUAGAAUGCGGAACCCACAACAACGUGUAAAAAAGAAAAUGAGUGCCUACCCGUGAUCAUCGUCUGACAGUUCGUGUCGUUUCAAGCUUCAAGACGAAUUCAAGUGGGAAAAAUGUGCCAUUACUGUUGUCACUCAAUGACAGAUCUAAAAAAAAGCCAUGCGUACCUGUC